AAUUAGAUUUCUGUUAACACCUUGCGUGCUAUUUUUAAAUAUACCUAUUUCUUUCCGAAAGAUGACAUACAAACAACUUUCUGAAUUCAUAGCGUGUGGGUUCUGCAAACCAUCUUUUCAUAACCCAAUUAGAAUUUGUUUGUUUUGAAAAACUCUUCACAAAACUAGCACAUAUUUCGUCGAAUUCUCCGUCAUAAUGUAUUAACCACUGGACUUUACACGUAUAACUGUCACUCGACUGUCCAUCGCACGCAUUAUGCAGCAAUGUGCAGUGUGCACCGACCUGAAGGCCGUUUGUUCACGGGGCGCGGGACGGAGUCCAUACCUCGCUCUCAGCCACGAUACCCAAUAUACUAUAUAUAUGUAUAAAUAACACUGAAAAUUGUUAAGGACAUAUUGUUUACGCUAUGCCAUGACUGGUCACAUCUAGUUAUCAUUACGUUUUAUAUCUGUGGUUGUCCGGUGCGGGCUAUUGUAUCGCUGCGUAUAGUGAGAAGCGAGUGAUGCGCUAGCGCCAGCAUUAAUUGUUGGGCUACCUACAUUUUGCUUUGUUACGUUGUGUUGUUAAAUAGUAUUAAGAAUCCGCACGCUCAUUGUAAAUUUUAUAUUAUCUGAUGACGGUGGGUUCGAGCUGGGCGCGUACCUUAACAAGAUCUGCCAAACGCCCCAUCUGGACGAGCUGGCGCGCCGCAGUCUGCUCUUCAACAACGCCUUCACCUCCGUCAGCAGCUGCUCGCCAAGCCGCGCCGCCCUGCUGACGGGCACGCCGAGCCACCAGAAUGGCAUGUACGGGCUGCACCACGGCGUUCACCACUUCGACUCCUUCAGCAACGUGACCAGCCUGCCCGCGCUACUGCGCGCGCGCGGCGUCUACACCGGCAUUAUCGGCAAGAAGCACGUGGGCCCGGGUAGCGUGUACCGGUUCGACUACGAGCAGACGGAGGAGAACAAUCACAUCAACCAGGUCGGCCGCAACAUCACGCGGAUGAAACUGCUGGCCAGGGAGUUCCUCGAGCGGGCCAACGUUGAUAACAAGCAGUUCUUCCUGAUGAUAGGCUUCCACGACCCGCACCGCUGCGGCCACAGCGAACCGCAGUAUGGCCCGUUCUGCGAGAGGUUUGGCUCGGGCGAGGAGGGCAUGGGCCUCAUCCCCGACUGGGACCCCUGGUACUACCAGUGGGACGAAGUGCAGCUGCCUUUCCAUAUACAGGAUACCGAGGCAGCGAGAAAAGACGUGGCUGCACAAUAUACCACAAUGUCAAGGCUCGACCAAGGUGUGGGUCUGAUGCUGAAGGAGCUGGAGGCGGCGGGGCAUCUACAGGACACGCUGGUGAUCUACACGUCGGACAACGGCAUCCCGUUCCCGGGCGGGCGCACCAACCUGUACGACCCCGGGCUGCGUGAGCCGCUGCUGUUGUCGUCGCCGGCGCCCGGCGCGCGGCGGGGCGAGGUCUCCGGCGCACUCGUGUCGCUGCUCGACCUCGUGCCCACUGUGCUCGACUGGUUCCAGAUACCGCAGCCGGAUCGAGAAACCAAUGAGAUUAGGCCGUCCGAUAGACCCAAGAGUUUGUUACCCAUUUUAGAAAAAGAGCCGCCAGCGUCGGACACUGACGCGGUAUUUGCGUCGCAGUCGCACCAUGAAAUCACGAUGUACUACCCGAUGCGCGCGGUGCGCACGCGCCGCUACAAACUCAUACACAACCUCAACUUCGGCAUGCCCUUCCCCAUCGAUCAGGACCUCUAUGUCUCGCCUACUUUCCAAGAUCUGCUGAACCGCACGCGCAAUAAGCAGCCGCUGCCAUGGUACAAGAAGCUGAAGCAGUACUACUACCGCCCGCAGUGGGAGCUCUACGACGUCCAGCGCGACCCCGCCGAGCUCAACAAUCUGCACGGCAAACCAUCUCUCCGCUCUGUGGAAGCAGGCCUGCAGUCGCGGCUGCUGGCGUGGCAGCGACACAGCGCGGACCCGUGGCUGUGUGCGCCCGGCGCCGUGCUGGCGCCGGGUCGCGCGCCCGUCUGUCUCGGCCUCGACAACGGACUGCUCGACUAGCUAGCAUAACAUUGACUUGGGAUAUUAUAAACCUAUUUCUUCUAUUAGGUAUAAGGGGUUAGGACAGUGCUAUUCGGGUUACGAAUGAAACUUGGCUUCAAACGAGAGUUGGCUUCUUUCUUCAAACAACAUUAUUUGCCCCGCCAAUCAUACAUCACAUCAGUUGAGUUAAUAUAAAUGAUUUACUCAUAUUAGACUAACUGAACAAUACUUUAAUCUCAAAUCUGUGUAAUAUUGAAUUUAUAGCGGCACACCAGCGCCCUCCUGUCGCUCGAUACCGUUAGAAGGCAGUCUAUUGCCUCCCUUCUCUAUGGCCGUGUGUGUUGACGGCAUAUUUCCGCCGCGCGCAUCUCCCGCUCUUCCCGUUAUUCUUUGGGAUGUCGUGUCGACCCGUUAAUAUACGAUCUGUCAUGCUCUUGGCUGUGAUUUAAUUACUAUUUACUAUACAAGAAUCCCACGCUAUAAAUUAUAAUUUUAAAUAAAAAAAAUGUUGAACAAAGUUAUUAUGUACUUAUCCUGUAAUAAUUAAUAUUUCAAUAUUUUAUUACAUGGAAUUAAAGUCUUUCAAAGAAAAUUUCAAAGUAUUGAAAGAACCACCUCCUCUUCUGCAAUAAAUUAUAUUAAGAACAAGGAAUAGUAGUCUAUUCAAUCUCCUUAUUGUGGUUCUUAACUAAGCUGAUUCACCAAAUUGACAUGCUAAGUAUCAUGGCUAAGUAUCCUAUAUGUUUAAUUACUAAUUAAUAAUAAAAUCUUUCAGAUGUUAACAAGAAAAUAAAUAGUAUCACAAAGUAUUAAUACAAACUUCAAUUAAAUACAAAUAGAAUGUUAAAGCUUCUUCAGCGGGACUGAGUUCGGAUUUUUAAAUUCACAAAAAGUAUAUUUAACAUAAAAUACAUGUUAUAACUUAAUUCAAUAAUAAUACUUAAUGGCUUAUCAGAUAAAUACCAUAAAAAGAACCACCAAAAUGAGACAAGUAAGAGAUUCAGCACCUAAUAUCUGGCACAAGGUAUCACAAGUCAAACUCACGCCGCAUCAUACAUGGCUUCCAGCUGCUUUAUAUUCAGGGCAAGGUUAGCAUCCACCAUGUGUAAGUUGUGCAUUAUCUUCCCCGUCUCUCCCACCUGGAUUCAAUCAUUUAUAUAUUAAUAAAAUGUAAAGUACAUAAAAAA